UCACUGUCAGCAUAUAAGAAACCGCUGCCGUUCCGUGGCGAGUUUUAGUUUUACACAGACGAUCGGCCCGAACAGCAUGACAAUGGGCGACUUAGAACCCACCAAUGUGGAGUUGAGGUACAAAAUCCAACCCCGCAAGUCGGAUACCGAGCAGGCCUUGGCAGGAAAUGACUUUGAUCCCUUCGCCCUGCGAGACAACGAACAUCCCACAACUGAUAAUGAAACUCUCACGCAUUUGCUUAAGGCUUCCCUGGGAACUGGCAUCCUGGGCAUGCCGUUCGCUUUCAUGUGCUCUGGUAUCAUCAUGGGAAUCUUCUCCACCAUUUUCACCGCCUUCAUUUGCACGCACUGCAGUUACGUUCUGGUUAAAUGUGGUCACAAGCUGUACUACAGGACACGUCGCACCAAGAUGACCUUUGCCGAGAUCGCCGAGGCUGCCUUCCAGAAAGGACCCAAAUGGUGCCGAGGCUUUGCCCCGGUGGCCAAGUUCUCCAUCCUGUUUGGUCUGUUUCUGACUUACUUCGGUACCUGCUCGGUCUACACUGUGAUCGUGGCCUCCAAUUUUGAGCAGUUGAUUGCCCACUGGACGGGAACGGCGGUGUCGCUGCGUAUGCUCAUUUGCGCAAUGCUGAUACCCUUGAUCCUGAUUGCCUGGGUGCCCAACCUCAAGUACCUGGCGCCCGUCUCCAUGGUGGCCAAUGUUUUCAUGGCCCUGGGACUGGGCAUUACGUUCUACUACCUGGUGCAGGAUCUGCCACCGGUGGAGAAUCGCGAGUAUGUGUCCUGGCACACUUUGCCGCAAUUCUUCUCGAUCACAAUAUUUGCGAUGGAGGCCAUCGGUGUGGUUAUGCCGCUGGAGAACAACAUGAAGACGCCGCAGAGCUUCCUCGGAAUUUGCGGAGUGCUCACCCAGGGUAUGUCCGGUGUGACCCUUAUCUACAUGCUGCUGGGAUUCCUUGGCUAUCUGCGCUAUGGUGCUGGAACCGAGGAGAGUAUCACCCUGAAUCUGCCCAUCGCGGAGUGGCCCGCCCAGGCUGUUAAGGUGCUCAUUUCCCUGGCCGUGUAUUGCACAUUUGGACUGCAGUUCUUUGUGUGCCUGGAGAUCGUGUGGGAUGGCAUCAAGGAGAAGUGCAAGAAGCGUCCGACUUUGGUCAAUUAUGUGCUGCGGACAGUGAUGGUGACUGCUGCCGUUGUUCUGGCCGUGGCUGUUCCUAAAAUUGGCCCAUUCAUGGGUCUCAUCGGUGCCUUCUGCUUCUCCAUCCUGGGAUUGAUCUUCCCUGUGGUUAUUGAGCUCAUUGUCCAUUGGGAGACAGGAUUCGGUCAGUACAACUGGAUACUGUGGAAGAACGCCGUCAUCACCUUGUGCGGCUUUGCAGCCCUGACCUUUGGCACCCAGGCAGCCAUCAAGGAUAUUCUGAAAGCCUACUCUAGUAAUGAGAACGUUGGAGAAUAGAAGCCCACAAUUUAGGAGGAGAGGCUCCGCUUCCUAGAAAUUAUCUAACUAUUGUUAGAUGUAAAACUGCGCCCACAUUUUGUACAUUUUGUCUGUUGCUUAGUGUGUCUGUUUGAGAACCGAAAGGGAUUUACUAGGGAUUUCACUAAGCGAGUGCCUACUAUAUUAAGCACACUCUGGAGCACCACUAUGCCGUUUUAGCACGUUUUAGUACACUUGCAAUUAUAUAAAGUAGUAGAGAGUAAGCUAGUUGAUAGCCGUUCAGAACACUUUUAGAACAGACCUAUCAGAUUCAAGCGGCAUUCAAAUUGGAACUGUACUAAGUGCACUUCAUCGUUUCCUAUUGAUUUUAGUACGAUUUAGUACAGAGCUAUAAAAGACUUAUGUAGCACCCGGCCAAAACUAGCUGCACUCCCACCCCAUCCUCGCAACCCACCCCGUUCUAUCUGUUCUAAAAUAGUAUUACUAAAAGCAAAAACCAAAACUAAAGCCAUCUUCCCAUGCCUUUUUUCCCCCUCUUUUUAUUUUGUUUCGUAGCCAAUGAUUUGCCUACAUUAUUUAACUUUUUAGCAUGUUUAGUUGGUAAGCGUAAAACAAAAAACGAUUGUAAAGAAGCUUUUGCAAUCAAUCAGUUCCAAAUAAGAUGAGCUAAAUUACUCAAAGAAUACCAUUUUUAUACGAAAUCUAGCCGAGUAAUAAGUUACAUUGAAUUGCCCCGAUAUUCAUUAUAUGUAAACAUAUUUUUUUGUUGCAUACAUAUUUUUGUAUUUUAAUUAUAGCUAUAUAAAGAAAAUACUUAGCGAAACUAUAAAGUAAAUAAAACAAGAUAAACACACAUGUUAAAACAUUUUAUUUUGCAUUUAAGAUCCCGUGCAGACAACGAAGCAGAUUUAUUUGUAAAAAA